AUGAACACUAUUGUUACGUCCGAAGAAUUCAAGCAGUUCCACACCAUUGAUCGCGAUAUGUAUCGGAAAUUAAUAUUUUCUCUCCGCCACGAUCCAUUGUUGUCCAUCAGAAUCAUGGCCUUUUGGUUAUGGCUCGAGUGUUCUGGAAAGCGUCGCAAUCUCAUUGUUUUUCUCCAUUACAUGUCCUCUCAACUCCUCAACUCACUUGUACUAGAAACAAUCACUUGCAUCUAUUGUAUUGAUGAGCCAUCUGUCUUUUCACUCUCCCUUCAUUCGGUUGGACUACCUUAUUUCCAACUCAUUCUCACUAAUGUUAACUUCUCCAUACCAUACCUUAUUAACAAUAAGGUCGAAAUUCUUGAAACAAUGCAGAAAAUCUCUGAGAGUGUUUGUGCCCGGGCCUUUGAUGAUCUGUUGGCGCAACAACUCCUCUCACAGAGGCAACAAUAUCCUCAAACACGUGGAUCGGUAUUUCAUUCCGGGGCUUCGCCUUCUUCAUCCAACAAUGUGCCCACAAUUGUUGACAUUGUACAAGAUCAUAUACUCAGGAGUGAUAUCGGUGUUGGUGUUGGUGUUGAUAUCACGAAGCCGGUUGUGGUGGGUCCGAGGAGAAACAAUAUUGUGGGUAGAGGAGAAACGAGUGAGAUUAGAUCUGAGGAGAAAACUACUGAUGUUCAAAAUCAGUCGGCUUUAGAACAAGCUAAUUUGGGAUCGAGAAUGUCAACCCAACAUGAAAGAACAGUUUUUUUAACAUUUUCUAAAGGAUAUCCCGUCACUGAAAGUCAGCUUAGAGAAUAUUUUAUCAGGCGAUUUGGGGAGAUAAUAGAAGACUUGAUUAUGCAAGAUGUGCCACAAGAUGAGCAACCACUUUAUGCCCGUAUGCUCGUUCAUUCCUCAAAUCAAGUGGAGUUAGUUUUGGGAGGGCAAAACCGAGUUAAGUUUACUAUCAAUGGGAAGCAUGUCUAUGGUCGUAAGUAUGUCAAGAAGAAUCCGAAAGCAUCCACCAACUCGUCUUUCUACCAGCACUCUACACCGUCGUCGUCGUCAGUUGCCACCACUUCGGAGUAUUACUAG